AUGGCUGCACAGAAAGUUGCUCUGAUUACCGCUGGUACAGCAGGCUUGGGUGCUGCCAUUGCUCGUGUCCUAGCACCAGACUUCAGAGUCGUAUGUCAUGCCAGGAGUCAUAGCCAGUUGUUCAUCCCUGAUCUCUUCAUANNGGUGAUCAACUAUGCAAACAACAGCUCUCGCGCCGAAGAUGUCCUCAAAGAACUCAAAAACAUCCCCAGCACCGUCUCUUCCCAAGAAUCUCCCCGUUUCCACGCCAUAAAAGCAGACAUCGGCAGCCGCGACGCCAUCACCUCCCUCGUCCAAGAAACAAUCACCACAAUGGGUCGCCUAGACGUGGUAGUCUCCAACGCUGGCUACACACGCCUAACAAACUUUAUGAACUUUGACGAACAGCAUUUCGACGACGAUUGGGAUAAAUGUUUUCUCUACAACGUCAAAGCACACAUGUGGUUGGCGUAUGCGACUCGCGAACACCUAGAGAAGACUGAAGGUGCUUUUAUUACGACGUCGAGUAUUGCUGGUGUCAAGCCUUCGGGCAGUUCGUUGCCGUAUGCUGUUACCAAGGCCGCGAGUAUACACUUGUCAAAGUGUUUGGCGAAUAUCUGUGCUCCGAAGAUCAGAUUCAAUUCUGUUAGUCCUGGGUUGAUGUUGACGGAGUGGGGGAUGAAGUUUUCCGAGCAGAAGAGGGAGGCACACAAGAACAAUACCAAGUUGAAGAGGUUACCAGAGGUCGAUGUAAGUCUAUUGUUGGCGGAGAUGAAAGGCCCAUUGCUUACUUUCAUUUCANNGGACGUCGCAGAUCAAGUGCGAGUACUAGCUUUGUCGAGAAGCAUGACAGGACAAAACGUUAUCAUUGAUUGUGGUUUGACAAGUUGA